AAGUACGAGAGACGUUCGGGACCAAAGAGGCUAUGAGCACCUCCAACUUGAAAAGUAAAGUUAGUAAAGUUGCGUGUAACAGAGGAGACUAUCCUUAUCUAUCGAGCGAGAGAAGGAUUCGGUGGGAGUCCGAGCCAAAGAGGUUUUAGAUCUCGAAACUCGUACCACUCGAGCGUCUUUAGUGGUAAAGUCAACGUGGUGUGGACAUGUGUCCAUGUUCUUGGACGAACUCAAACAACCUUACGCUAUGUAGUCAAGGUCGUAAGAGUAGACAAGUCGUUUUUUCAAAAAAAUAACACAAUCCAAGCAGUUUUGAGCAACUUUUUUUAGUUUUAAACAUUGUUUUAAUAGUUUUAAUCAAGUUUUUGUUGUUGGUUGGUUAAAGAACAUCUUUGGUGCAGUGAUUUUUGCAAAAACCGUAGCAGAUUCGUUUUUGUAAUGGAAGGUCGGUGAUUUUACGUCCCCACCAUCGGGUCGACAAUGUUGCGCUUUAGAAAUUGUACCUGAUGUGCCAAAAUGUUGCAUGUUUGUUCAGUGAUACUCCUAAUUUUACUAACCCAAGAGAGUUUAUUAGCAUCUCAACUUGGCGACUUAAACAACGAUUAUAGAUUUAUAUCGUAUAAAGAUCUGAAGGAAUCUUCAUCGAAAUUUUCGAAGAAAGGGGUUACUUCUUAUUCGCAAUUAUUAUUUGAUAUAUCAAGGAGCCAAUUAAUAGUCGGGGCUAGAGACACAUUACUCCGGUUAGAGUUACAAAAUUUAACUUUAACUGAAGACGCAACUUGGACAUCUUCCGAAGAUAAAAUUCAAGCUUGUGUCACUAAAGGACAAUCGGAAGAAGAUUGCCACAAUUUUAUAAAAGUUUUAGUGACCAAUGGUAAGCAUUUAUUUGCUUGCGGAACCGAUUCUUUUGCACCAGGAUGUACUUGGAGAGAAAUCGAUAAUAUAAAUAACGUUAUUGAAAGAGUCGACGGCAAAGCAAAAUGCCCAUACAAUCCUCACGCACAUAUUUCCGCUUUAAUGACGGAAAAAGGAGAAUUUUACGUUGGAGCCCCAACAGAUUUCGCAGGAUCCGAUUACGCAAUUUAUAGAAGUAUAACGCAUUUAAAUAGUUUACGCACAGAACAAUAUAACAGUUUGUGGUUAAACGAGCCCCAAUUCGUCUCCUCAUUUGAAACUGACAAAUUUAUUUAUUUUAUAUUUCGCGAAGCAGCUGUUGAAUACAUAAAUUGCGGAAAAGCAAUCUAUUCGCGAAUCGCUAGAGUUUGUAAAAAUGAUAACGGAGGUAAAUUACUUCGAAGAGAUAAUUGGACGACGUUUCUAAAGGCUCGUUUAAAUUGUUCGAUACCCGGGGAGUACCCUUUUUAUUUCAACGAAAUUCAAAGCGCCUCUUACGUACCGGAAGAGGGAUUAGUUUAUGCAACAUUUUCAACCCCGCAAAACGGCAUAGGUGGUUCAGCAAUAUGUGCUUUUAAUUUAACGGCCAUCGAGGCGACUUUUAUGGGCCCCUUUAAAUACCAAGAGCACUCAAACAGCACGUGGGAGAAACGCCCAUCAAAUUAUCAAAACCAUUUUGAGUGUCGCGACUCCGAACAUAGUCCAGAUUUUAUUGGUAGCUCGAAAUAUCAAUUUAUGGACGGCGCCGUACACCCCUCAACGCAAAAACCAAUUCACGUAGCAGAAUUAGAAGUUUAUAAUCACUUAACAGUUGACGUCUUGGCGACGAGACUUCACGUAAACGUCCACGUGAUAUACGUGGCAACUUCGGAAGGUUAUAUUAAAAAAAUUUCUGUUUUGCCACGUACGAUGGAACCGUGCGUUAUCGAAAUUUGGCAACCAGUUCGACAUUCUAGCGUACCAAUUUUAAGGAUGCAAUAUUUAAAAGAAACAAACUCCGUUUAUGUGGGGACUGAGGAUAAAUUACUUAUGAUUCCAACGAGUCAUUGCGGUAGACAUAGAUCCAGGGAUAGUUGUAUCAACGCUAUGGAUCCUUAUUGCGGCUGGAAUGAUGUAUCUGAGAAGUGUACAAGCGCUCCAAAUAGGGAUCCCUUAACGAAAUAUUGGUACCAAAGUGUUACUUCAUGUCCAGUUUUAAAUGCCAAAAUUGAUGGAGGUUGGAGCAGUUGGUAUGAUUGGUCAAAAUGUGCUCAUAUUUCUGAUCCAGAAUCGUCUGGGUCUGAUCGUUACUCAAAUUCGCAAGGUGAUGGUUGUUUAUGCAGAAUUCGAAUGUGCAAUAAUCCGUCCCCACAAAACGGGGGAGUAAACUGCUUCGGCCCAGCCAUACAAGUUAUAAACUGCACCGUCCAUGGAGGUUGGACUUCGUGGUCGGCAUGGUCUGAAUGUUCGGCAACAUGCGGAAACGCAAUUAAAACGAAAACCAGGACUUGUACGAAUCCAUCUCCAGCUCAUGGCGGCCGCGUUUGCGUUGGGCAAGAUAGAUCGGAAAUUCUAUGCACGGGAAUCCCACCGUGUCCGGUAGCCACACCUCCACCUCGCGAUGGAGGUUGGAGUUCUUGGAGCAGUUGGACAAGUUGUUCCAGUUCGUGUGGAAGAGGUUUUCGAAGGCGUAUGAGGGAAUGUAACGAACCAACGCCUUCAAAUGGCGGUCAAGAUUGUUCUGGCACUUACGUAGAGUAUGAAGAAUGCGAUAUGGGCCCAUGUGAUGAAAGUAUCGAGUUAAAAAAAAUAAGCCAAUGGUCCCAAUGGUUUCCCUUAAACGGCAGCGAAUAUUCUAGGAUCGUGCGAAGGUUUAGAUAUGUUUGUAAAGCACCCGUUAAGGAUGUUUCGCAAAUUAAAUUGACCAUGCAUAAGGAAGAUAAAUUAUGUACAAACAAUCAAUGUUCGAAGCAAAAUCGUGAUAUUGCUAGGUGGAGUUCUUGGAGCCCUUGGUCGCCAUGCUCGACAACUUGCGAUAAAGGUUAUCAGAAGCGGAUUAGAUACUGCGAAGGGCCUGGGAAAUGCAGAGGAAAAUCAACCGAAAAGAAAACUUGUGUUAACCUUCAACAAUGUGGCUCAAAAUGGAGUUGUUGGACAGAUUGGUCCGUUUGUAGCGUUACGUGCGGAUGGGGAAUACGUACAAGACAUAGAACGUGUUUGGGAAAUUCUUGUAGUGGACAUAGUCAAGAACAAGAACCUUGCGAACAACAACCAUGCAGUUCUUUAUUAGGUUGGAGUAAUUGGACUUCUUGGUCAGCUUGUGAUUUAAACGGUUUUCAACAUCGGGUGAGACAAUGUAAAAGCGCAAGUCGAAGUCCAAACGUCUGCCAAGGAGCUGAUAAAGAAACAAGAAUAUGUCUUAGUCAUUUCGAAAUAGGAAAUGAUAUUCCUCAGAUGGCGAGUUGCGAGGAACUCUCGAUGGCAAGUGGUUACGCGUUGGGAUGUGUAUUACUUGGCAUGGUUAUUGGAGUAAUUGCGACUGUAAUGAUCCGAUUUGGAUACGUAAUUUAUAUAAAAAAGAAAAACCGAAUACCAAGUUCGCCUCACUAUAUGAACACAAAACCAAAUUCGUACGUUCCCGUGCCGCUUAAAGAACGACCAAGCAAAAAGACUUUACCCUCAACAUCCGCGAUAUUAAAUAAUCUUAACGGUACUCUUAAGUCGGCUAAAAUGAACGAUUACGAGGCUACAUCCCCGAAAAGAAACAGCCACAACCUCAACAAUGCAAUUACAAAAAGUGACAAAUCGUAUUACGAAUAGAUUUUUGAUGAACUGUGAUACUUUUCAAUCGAUCAAUCUUAGUCUCAUUUAUUCCAUUUCAUUUUUUGCGCAGUUCAUUUUAAAAUUGUGUUAAAUUAAGCUCGACAAUCGUUCGUUAUAUAGCUUUAUAUAGAAUGCCAUAUUAACAAAACCCGUUUUGUUAAGAUUAAAACUAUCUUUUAUUAACCAAAUGUAAAGUUAAUGUUUUUUAUAAAUCUUUAUACGACCAUUGUUUAUACUAAGACAUGUUUAUUAUUAUAAAUGUUAUUACUCAUAUUGAGUAGAUAGAUUUGUUAUGGAAUAAAUUUAUAUUUUAAGUU